AUGAAGUCCUUCUCCCCCGUUGCGAUGGCCCUUCUGGCUGCGGUCGGUGCGAUUGCUGCCGCCGAUGUAUCGGCCACUGAGUGCGCCACGAUGUGUAUCUCCAACAUGAACGCCAAGGCCUCUGAGCUUGGCUGCACCUCCGGUGACGUGGAUUGCCUGUGCAAGAACCAGGACUACGCGUACGGUAUCCGUGACUGCACCAAAGAGGCCUGCCCUAAUGACAAUGCCGAGACGGUUGUGAGCAUGGUUCUGGCAAAGUGCCCUAGCUCCACUAGCUCUGGAUCGAGCUCCAUGACCUCGACUGCUUCAGGCAGCGAUGCGACCACUACCAGUGGCUCUGGCGCUGGUGUUGGUGCCGGCUCGACCACCGGUGCGACCACCAUCACCACCACUGACAGCGAUGGCUCGACCACCAUGAUCACUACCACCACUACCGGCCCUGUGUCCGGCGCGACUACCAUCACAACCACUGAUAGCGAUGGCUCGACCACCAUGAUCACCACCACUACCACUGGCUCUGGUGCGGCUGCUACUGGCAGCGACGUCUCGACCACUAUCACCACCACUGAUGGCAAUGGCUCGACUACUAUGAUCACCACCACUACCGGCACCUCCACUGGCUCUGACUCCACUGCUACCGAGACCUCCAGCUCUGGCAGCGACAACGCCGCCGGCUCUAGCACCUCGACCGGCUCCGACUCCGGCUCCAGCUCUGCUCCCUCCUCCAGCAAGGGGGCCGCUCACCCCAUGGCCACUGUCGGCAGCGGUGCUUUCGGUGCCCUCGGUCUCGCCGCUCUGCUGGUCCUGUAA